AUGGCAAACAAGAGGUUGGAUCCGGGUUUCCUUGCGGGUAAGAGUUCCAAAUCUUUCAAAGAUGCUUUGUCGGGGCCUGUUGAUGCGAAUGUUUUUCCGGAUCUUCGUGUUUCUACGAUUCGCGGUAUGCCUGCUCUUUGGUUUUCUGAGGAUGAAUUUAUGCACCUUGCUAAGCCUUUCGAUUUUGCGUUGGUAGGGAAGUUUCCCCUUAAACGUCCGGCUUUGGAUGCAAUCCGUAGAUUUUUCUUCAAUCUUAAGUUAACCGGUGAUUUUUCUGUUACUUUGCUGGAUCAAUCAAAUGUAUUAAUUAAGUUAUCAAACGAUCUAGAUUAUGAUAGGAUCUUUGCUCAUCGUUCAUAUUUUGUUUAUGGAUGUUUUAUGAAAAUUAUUAAGUGGUCGCCUACUUUGGAUCUUUCGGAAGAGUCACAUGUUGUCCCUGUGUGGAUUUCUUUUCCAGGUUUGCGAGCUCAUCUCUUCUCUUCGCGUAUUCUCUUUGGCCUGGGCUCUGUUUUUGGUAGGCCGAUCCAAACUGAUAAUGCGACGGCUGUAGGUUCGCGUCCCUCUAUUGCGCGCAUUCUAGUUGAACUUGACAUCUCCAAAAACUAUCCUGAUUCUGUUUGGUUGGGACCGGAAAAAUUAGGAUAUGUGCAAAAGGUUGUUCUUGAAGGUAUGCCCAAUUUUUGCCUUCAUUGCAAAGUUGUGGGUCAUAAAAAGUCUGAAUGUCCUUAG